AUGGCCGUUCCCAACCAUUCGAUUCGGAUAUCCAUUGAUCGCCUCCUAUCUCAAGAUCCUGGAAAUUAUAAAGAUGCUCCCACAGAAGGUGUCAGACGGGCGUUGGAGAGGAUUACUGGCAACGCAUUUGAACGAGGAAAGGCCCUCCCAGUGGACAAGAUAGGUGAAAAGCAUGCUUUGGUCAUCACCAAGGGGUUCAAAGACCUGUUAGAGAUUGGAAAUCAAGCUAGACCGAGGAUAUUCGAUUUGAACAUAAGACGAGCAAAGCCAUUGUACUCUACAGCCAUCGAAGUUGACGAAAGGGUGACGCUCGAUCCCAAAGCAGACAAAAACGCACUCGUCUUCAAUGACGACGGAACAAUCAAGAGAGCAUACUCUGGUGUAGCAGCAGAAGAACAAGAUAGAUUUGUUCCGGGAAGAAUCGUGAAAGGGCUCAGUGGAGAGGCUGUGAAGAUAUUAAAAGAGCCUGGAUUACUUGAAAGGGUUCUACGCUGGAUUUCAAGGAAAAGAUCUUCACGUCGAAUUCAUGGCUUCAGACGGAGGUUUGGUAGAUCUCAACGUGAGUCAAUGAUCAAAACCAACUCUGCUGAUCCUCAGAACUUUUCCGGUCUCAAAUCAAUAUUAUCAGGACCGGCCGGCGGUGUCGUAGGCUGCGCCUUGACCAGCUGGGACGAGGAAGAGCGAUCGCCUGUCAUAGGCUGUUUGACAUAUAAGAACGGACUGUUCCGAGCGGGUCCAGAAUCAGCAGGUGCCCAUCCCGGACCAGCGUGCUAUCGUGAGUCCACGUCGACUAUAUUACUCGCUGACGCCAGUUUCCCAAAAUGUUUCGGACCCAACGAAGACCAGGAUCUCGAUCCUGAAGUUUCAAAAGUCAAGUUUGAAGAACUGGCUCAAGAGAUCAGGGACGAAACAGGAACCGAUAAGACAAUUGACGAGAUUGUGGCCAACGAGACCAUGGCACGACCAAUCAGAACACUAACUGAAGCCAGAGGAUUCAAAACAGAUGAACAUAUUCUCGCAUCUUUUGGUGGUGCUGGCGGUCAACAUGCCUGUGAAAUUGCCGAGGUCCGAGGAAUAGGUAAAACGUUCGAAUCUCUCGGUCCUUCCGCCUUUGCAGAGUUCAAAAGUCUGAAAAUCAACCCCGUACACAGCAAUCAUCAUCAAGACGUCUACGUGUGGUACGGACAGGAGGGGAAAAGGCAGGACGUGCCGGUGUUCGAACUGAGCUCGCUGAAGAAAGGAGAUCAAGUCCAAGGUCCCGCUUUGAUCAUCGACGAGACGCAGACUAUAUUCGUCAACAUGUGA